AUGGAAGCCAUGAGAAGCCUCAUCCCUUUGGUUCUUUUAAUUGUGUCUUGUUUGGCAGAAUUUAAUUUAACUCAAUCUGAAGGCAAAUCCAGCUGCAGGGCCAGCCUGGGAGGCGCCAGCCAGUCAGAGAUCCACAAAGCCUUUAUCCUGCAAUUAAAUUCCGACGAGGACUGUGCCUGGACUCUAGAAAGACCAGAAAACAAGAGUACCAGGAUCGUCUUUUCCCAUUUCCAGCUUGAUCCAGAUGGAAGUUGUGAACGUGAAAACAUUAAAGUCUUUGACGGAAACUCUACCAAUGGGUCUCUGCUGGGGGAAGUCUGCAGUACAAGUCACUACGUUCCCAUAUUUGAAUCAGCAUCCAAAACACUGACGUUUCAAGUAGUCACUGACUCUGCAAAAAUUCAAAGAACCGUCUUCAUCUUUUACUACUUUUUCUCUCCUGGCACCUCUAUCCCGAAGUGCGGUGGUUACCUGGACACUCUCGAAGGGUCCUUUACCAGCCCCAAUUACCCAAAGCCACAUCCUGAGAUGGCCUAUUGUGUGUGGCACAUACAAGUGGAGAAAGGUUACAAGAUAAAAUUGAACUUCAAAGAGAUUUUCCUGGAAGUGGACGAGCAAUGCAGAUUUGAUUUCGUUGCUGUGUAUGACGGCUCCUCCACCACCUCCGGCCUGAUUGGACAAGUGUGCGGCCGUGUGAGGCCCACCUUCGAAUCCUCAUCAGACUCCCUGACCGUCGUGCUAUCAACAGAUUAUGCCAAUUCCUACCGGGGCUUUUCUGCUUCCUACACUUCGAUUUACACGGAAACUGUCAACACGACGUCUUUGACUUGCUCCUCUGACAAGAUGAGAGCUAUCAUAAAUAAAUCCUACCUGGAAUCAUUGAGAUACAAUGAGAUUAACUUAAAACUAAAUGACCCAACUUGCAGACCCAAAAUAUCAAAUGUUGUGGAAUUUUCUAUCCCCCUUGAUGGAUGCGGAACAAUCAAAAAGGUAGAAGAUCAUUCAAUUACUUAUACCAAUAUAAUCACCUUCACGACAUUCUCAACUUCUGAUGUCAUCACCCGUCAGAAACAGUUCCAGAUUAUUGUGAAGUGUGAAAUGGAAUACAAUUCUACCGUGGAGAUGAUGUACAUAACAGAAGAUGAUGUAAUCCAAAAUCAAAGUGCACUGGGAAAAUAUAACACAAGUAUGGCUCUUUUUGAAUCCGAGUCAUUUGAAAAGCCUAUACAGAAGUCACCAUAUUAUGUGGAUUUGAACCAAACUCUUUUUGUCCAAGUCAGUCUGCAAGCAUCAGAUCCAAAUUUGGUGGUGUUUCUUGAUACUUGCAGUGCCUCUCCCACACCUGACUUUGCAUCUCCAACCUACGACCUGAUCGAGAGUGGAUGUAAUCGAGAUGAGACUUGUGAGGUGUAUCCCCUAUCUGGACACUACGGAAGAUUCCACUUUAAUGCCUUUAAAUUCUUGAAAAGUCUGAGCUCCGUGUAUCUACAGUGUAAGGUUUUGAUAUGUGAUAGUGGUGACAAUCAGUCUCGCUGCAGCCAAGGCUGCAUCUCUAGAAGGAAACGAGACAUUUCUUCAUACAAAUGGAAGACUGAUGCCAUCAUAGGACCCAUUCGUCUGAAAAGAGAUCGACGUGCAAGUGCAAAUUCCGGAUUUCAGUAUCAAAAUCACGGAGAUGACACUCAGAAUCAACCUUUCAACAGCCUGCACCUGUUUUCAUUCGUGGUCCUUGCUCUGAAUGUUGUGAUUGUGGCCACGGUCGUUGUGAGGCAUUUUGUGACUCGGAGAACAGCCUACAACUACCAGAAGCUGCAGGACUGUUAA